AUGGGGACAGUAAUCAGUAGUGAGACUGUUGUUGAAGAAAAUGCUUAUAUCCGACGUUUCGUUGGUUUACAGCCUAUAGGUGAUAAUGAUCCUUUUUGGAAUCAUUUUCUCUCCUUCAAUCUUCGCAUCAGUUGUAACGAUAGGCGAGAAGUCAAAAAAUUUGACGUGUCGUUAGUAGAUAGUCUUCAGUCGUUAAUGUACAAUACUCCAACAACUUGUAAUUUUGCUUCAUUUGUUCGUGUAUUUCUGAGAAGAACUGCAGAGCUGAAGGCUUCUGAAAUUUGUCAAAAGCAAUCUGUAAAAGUUUACAGUACAAUUUUUCUGUGGCAAGCGGGAAAUGCUCUAACAAUUUUUCGAUAUGUCUGUAAGUUUUUGGUCCAGAGACUUAAUGAAUCUAUAUUCGUCAGUUAUUUCGAUAAGACCCAGGCACAAGAAAAAAUAGGAGAAGAUUCCGAUGUUGAAGCAGAAUUUGAUAAUUUGUAUAAUAACAAAGCUGAAGAAUUUUUGGGUGCUUUAAUUGAUAUUGUAGUUGAUUUACCUGUCAAUGAUUCUACAGAAACUAUUCACAUUGAAGCUGUAAAAUGCCUUAUGACUCUACUCAGUUCACAACUUUAUGAUGAGAGUGCCACGAAGUCUAAUAUUUUCUAUCAAUAUUUGAUACAGGGAAGAUGUUCAACAAGAUCUUUGGAAAUCACUCGUGCCUUAAUGUCGAAUUAUCUGUACAGAAAUACUCCGUACAUCGUUAAACAUGAAAAAGAACCAGAAAGUAUUGUGUUAGGUUUUGCAGCAUCUGUUUGGUCAGCAGUGCAGAGUGUGACAGGUAUGGAUGAUUCCUCUUCAUCAGACGAUGAUUAUGAAAUCGUUCCGCCAGCCUCUCUUGGAUCGUUAUCUAUUCUUCUUCUUCUCAAUUUGGCUUGCCAUCAGGAACAAAAAACUAAACUUAACCCUUACAAGGAAUCAUUGUCAGGUUUUCAAAAUUCACAGGAAGUUUCGUCUCUGAAAAGUCAUGGGAAUGGUAUAUUCAAACUGGAUUACAGCGUAUUAUAUGAACGUUUAUGUGCAACUGUUAAUCAACAAUCUCCCAUGUUAUUUUUGUACUCGUUGUUGCAUCGAAACGUUGGUUUUCGAAACUAUGUCCUUUCAAGAAUCAAUUUAGAAAAAUUGGUACUUCCGGUCCUAACAGUUCUUCAUAAUGGAGCUCAAAGCACUGGUUUGGUUAAUUCUUGUAAUGCACAUCAUGUAUAUUUAGCACUCAUUGUCAUUCUUAUUCUCAGUGAAGAUGACUUUUUCUGUAAAGUUGCACACGAAACAAUGAUAAAAGAUACAUCUUCCUUCAGUAAUGAACGUCCAUUAGGUGAGAUCUCUCUUGGUGGUUUAAUUAUUCUGGUGUUUGUUCGAACUAUCCAGCUCAACACGGUGAAAACAAAAGACCGAUAUCUGCAUACGAAUUGUCUGGCGGCUUUAGCUAAUAUGUCGUCAUAUUUCAAAAAUCUUGCGCCCGUUGUUUGUCAGAAAUUAAUUGGACUGUUAGAGGUCUUUACUCGACGACAUUCGAAACUGAUUGAGAAUAUGCGAUUGCGAGCUGAAUAUGACAUCAUUCAAGACAAGGAAUCAUGUAACUACCACAAAGAUGUAACUGCUCUAGAAGAAGGAAUUCGUACACUACUUGAAAUUUGUAAUAGUUGCCUUACAUCGAAUCUUCGCUCAAAUCCACAUUUUAUCUAUACGAUACUUUAUAAACGUGAUCUUUUCGAUGCUUUUCAAAAUCACCCAAUGUUUCAAGAUUUGAUUUGCAAUAUUUGCGCGGUCAUUAAUUAUUUUGCCUCACGAGUUUCACUUCUGGAAAAGGGAUCUUCUGUAAGUGCCGUUCUUGAUACUAUUGAAAAAGGAGCUCUUCAAUGGCCUACUGAUAGGUUGAAGAAGUUUCCGGAAAUGAAAUUUAAAUAUGUAGAAGAUGAGAAUACAGUUGAGUUCUUCGUCCCAUACGUUUGGCGAUUGACGUUCCAGUUUUCGACGUUAUACUGGGAGCCAUUACGUAUACGUCUUUUCAAUGCUUCUUUCCUUUCCUAA